UGUCGUGGGUAGGCAGGUUGAGUAGGAUGGAAUCUGAUUGGCCGAACCCAGCUCCUCCCGCAGAGGACCAGCAGCGAGGGUGAAGAGUAGUGAGAUGUGAACGGAGAGAGUGUGAGUGUGUGUUGUCCUGUUGUUGGGGGCUGAUGUAAUUUCCGCCGCUCGGUAUUUGGGACUUGUCUGGUCACCUGAUCCCUGGCACGCCGAGCCCGCGGGACGGAGGGGAGGGGAAGGGAGGUGCACGGGUGGCCCGGCCCGGGAGCUCUGCAGUCCGGCACCGCAGUGGGGAGAAGAUCCGGCCCGGAUCAGGUACCAUGGAGCAGCGAUCUCACUGAGCGUCCCCUCCAGCCGCUGCAGCGAUCCGCCGAGGAGCCGAGCGCCAGGGUCAGAGGACCACGAAGCCUUUCCGUUGCCGGUGAGAGCCGGUCACCAUGGCAAUGGUGGCAGAGAACGGCAAUGGCGGCUCCAGUUGGCAGAAGCGGUGCGUGGCGCUGGAGUCCCAGCUCUAUAGGUUCCGGCUGCAGGCAGGCAAGAUCCGAGAACUCCUGGCUGAAAAGAUGCAGGAGUUGGAACAAAGAGUGAUUGAGGCAGACCAGCGGGCUGAGACAGCAGAGAAACAGGUACAGGCUCUGAGGGAGAAGCUGAAAGCAGCCAAUAUCCAGACCAGUGAAUCGGAGAAUAGUUUACUCAGGAGGUACCAUGAGAUGACCAACACACUACAGGAAAAGGACGACGUGAUUCAGAGGCUGGAGCAACAGCUGGACAAGCAGAACAAGCUGAGAGGCCAGGAGGCGAAGGUAAUUGAAGAGAAGGCAGCCAGAAUCAAGGAGUGGGUGACAUUUAAGUUGAGAGAACUGGAAUUCGAGAACUAUCAACUCAAAGUAACCACCCGCAAGCAAGCUGAAGAAAUCCAGGCCCUGCAAAACAAGAUUCAAGAUUUACAAGGCAAGAGGCCGGUGGCUGAUGUGACAGAGGUCUCCGGCUCUCCUCCCGGGCCCCCGACUCCUCGGACCCCUACUCCGCCAGAGAAGCCCGACCAGGCCGCAAAGCUGCCCCCUGAGGGCAAGAAGGAGCUGCGUCAGGAGGGAAGCGACCCGGCAGGUGAAGGGAGCCCAGGAGGGGAAGCAGAUCAGGGCACCUGCAGUCCGACCCAAGCAGCGUCAAGCCCCUGCGGUUGGGAUCAGGGGGGUUUGCUCCUCAACGGCGAGUUGCAGGGGUCGGCAGACAACUCGGAGUUUGAGGGAGCGAGGGUUGAGCACGCCAAGCCGCAGAGGGUGGCCAAGGAGAUCCCGAAAACAGCCUUGGAUGACCAGAGUGGGUCGGUCCCACCGACUGCCGCACAGAAGGAGGUUUCCCCCGAUGAACUCGACGGCAGGUUCCGCUCGCAAAGACUGAACUCCCACUCGCCUUCAAGCGAGACCAACGUGACAAACCUCCAGCUCCCCACUGGGCUGGCACCCAAACUGUCCUUGCCACCCUCGCCCAGACCCAAAGCUGCUGCACCCACACUACUGACCCUGGCCACCAAGAAAGGCAGCGCGGGCACCAGUAUGACCCUGCCCAAGGUCAGGACCCCACUGGUACCAAGGGACAGCAUCCAGCUGGCAAAGAAGCACUACAGCCAGCCCCAAGCUGGCGCCGAGAGGUUCAACCACGUCAUCUCCAUUGACAUCUCCUCCUUCAAGCCCGCGGCCUCCUCACCGCUGGCCGUCCAGGUGCAGGAGACAGACAUUGACGACGUCUCCGAGCAGAUGGAGACAGACGAGAGCACCGCCGCUCCUGAGCCAGAGCUCACCCUCCCCGACCCGCCCGGCGUGUCAGGGGAGGAGGCCCUUGAUCCUGAUUGUGCCAAGCGUGUCUCCACCAACAAGCCCCCGCCCCCACCGCUGCACCGCUUCCCUUCAUGGGAGGGUCGAAUCUACGCCCUGGCGAAAUCAGGCAUGAGGAUGUCGGAAGUGACCUUUGGAGCUAGUCCCUCUAAGAGACUGUCGAACCUUCCAGCAAGUAUCACAUCUGGCCCCUUCACUCACCUCAUCUACAAGAACGUGACUGUUCCUGUCUACACCACAUUGAAAGGGAAAGCCACGCAGAUCAGCAACAUUCCCUUCCCCGAUGAGUCCUCUGGAUCCGACGAUGACAGCAGUUCCCAAGCCAGCUUCCGAACAUCCACCGCAGGAUCCGAGUCAAGGAAAACCAAUGGCCCCGGGAGCCCCCGAGCUGUGAAAAGAGGCGUCUCCAUGUCCUCCGUCAGCUCAGAAAGCGAUUAUGCCAUCCCUCCUGAUGCCUGUUCCGUGGACAGUGAUUAUUCCGAGCCCGAGCACAAGCUCCUCAGGACCUGUUCCGUCUACUCUACCGAGAGCAACUGCAACGAGCCUUUGGAAAAGUCUGGGUACCUACUGAAGAUGGGAGGCCGGGUAAGGACAUGGAAAAGGCGAUGGUUUAUGCUGAGGAACAGCGAGAUCCUGUACUACAAGUCACCUAGUGACGUCAUCCGCAAGCCCCAAGGCCGGAUCGAGCUCGGCUCCUCCUGUCGUAUUGUGCGUGGGGAGGGAGCUCAGACCUUCCAGCUGGUGACGGAGAGCAGGACGUACUACCUGACUGCCGACUCCCCCAACAUCCUCGAGGAGUGGAUCCGCGUACUACAGAAUACCCUGAAGGUUCAGCUGGCCAGCCCGGCUGGCUCUCAGGCCGAGUGGAAGCCGUCCGUCCGUGGCUGGCUGACCAAGGUGAGACAUGGCUAUUCCAAGCUGGUCUGGUGCACUCUCAUAGGGAAGAUGUUCUACUAUUUCCGGAAUCAGGACGACAAGUUCCCCCUAGGUCACCUGAAGGUCAGGGAGGCUAAAGUCGAAGAGGUGGACCGCUCCUGCGACUCGGACGAGGAUUAUGAGGCUGGGGGCCGAGGGUUCCUUUCCUCCCACUUCACCCUGGUCAUCCAUCCAAAGGAUCAAAGCCCGACUUACCUGUUGAUUGGAACGAAACAGGAGAAGGAUACCUGGCUCUACCAUUUGACUGUGGCAGCUGGGAGCAGCCGUUCCAAAGUAGGUACAGAGUAUGAGCGGCUCAUUGGAAGACUGCUGGACGUCGAUGGACAGUCAAACUCGCCCAUCUGGAAGCACCCAGUCCUGUGCUGCAGUAAAGACGGCAUCCUCAAUGCCCUUACCACCCUCCCCUCCGACGCACUGCAAACAGAAGCACUGAAACUCUUCAAGUCAUGCCAAUUGUUCAUCAAUGUGCUGGUGGAAGCCCCUUCAAUUGACUACCACGUGUCACUGGCUCAGAAUGCACUUCAGGUUUGCUUGACGCACACGGAGCUACAGAACGAAAUCUACUGUCAGUUCAUUAAACAGACCAGCAAUAGGCAGCCACACAACUUCUCCCUCAUACAGUGCUGGCAGCUCCUGGCGCUGUGUGUCGCUCUUUUCCUUCCCCAACAUCACUUCCUGUGGUAUCUCAAGCUUCACCUCCAACGCCACGCCGACCCCAGGACGGAGAUAGGUAAAUAUUCCAUCUACUGCCAGAGGUCAGUGGAACGCACACUGCGGAACGGGGACCGUGAGGCCAAGCCAUCCCGGAUGGAGAUAAUGUCGAUCCUCCUACGAAACCCUUAUCACCACUCUCUGCCAUUCAGUAUCCCUGUCCAUUUCAUGAAUGGAACUUACCAGGUUGUGGGGUUUGAUGGUUCCACCACUGUCGAGGAAUUCCUGCACACAUUGAACCAGGAGAUAGGGAUGCGCAAACCUUCACAGUCGGGAUUUGCACUCUUCACGGAUGAUCCAUCCGGAAAGGAUCUGGAGCACUGCCUACAAGGCACUGUGAAGAUUUGUGAUGUCAUUUCGAAGUGGGAACAAGCCCUGAAAGAACUUCACCCUGGGAAAUACGAGAGCAACAGGAUAGUGAGGCUGAUGUACAAGAGCCGAAUGUAUUUCAGAGCUCAGGCGAAGGGGGAAACAGAACGAGAGCGCCUCCUGCUGACUUACCAGGUUAAUGACGAGGUGGUGAAUGGGCGAUUCCCUGUCAGUAAGGACCUGGCACUGGAGGUGACUGCGUUAAUGGCACAGGUGGAGUACGGAGAUCUGGCUCGCCCUGCCCCUUCCAGUCCAGGGGGCAGCUCCCAGUCCAAGAAUCAACAGUUUCUGCAGCAGGUUCUGGAGAAGUUCUACCCCAAGCACUACAGACAAGCCUGUACCCCGGAGCAGCUCAAGCGACUAUGCGACAGACUGGCUACCAAGUGGAUAUUACUGGGGGGUUGCAGUGGAGCUGACUGUGUGCGCAUUUAUCUGACCGUGGGCCGGAAGUGGCCACUGUUUGGAGCAAAACUGUUCGAUGCUAAGCCAAUUGCACCUUCACCACUUGAAGAGAAGCCUGUUUGGUUAGCUGUGAAUGAAGAUGGUAUCAGCAUACUGGAGUGCAGUACAAUGCAUCUGGUGCUAAGUUACUCCUACCUGUCUAUCAUGACUUUUGGAGGCUAUCGCGACGACUUUAUGAUCGUACUCAGCAAGCCCAAGGAUGAAAGCCCAGCAAAGACCACUAUAGAGAAGCUAGUGUUUGCCAUGGCAAAGCCUAAGAUCCUGGAGCUGACGCUGAUACUCGCCAGCUACAUCAACUACAGCAGCUGUCACCCGCUGGCCAUCUUGUCCAGCUUGCCGCCGACAACCUUCUCCGGCAAGAAACUGUGGGAGAUCGACAGCAAACACUUCCCGAGCAUGACGCGGACGACGCAAGGUCCUACCCUGCUCUGAGACCCAUUGUUGACCGGUGGCGGACGGCAUGGAGCUGUGCCCAAGCUAUCAAAAGACAAACCACUUGGAUGGUUCAAAUGGUGCAUGGUUCACUGUUAUGUUGAACUUUGUUGUGGUUGUGUGUAUUUAUGUGCUCGAAUAGUAUUUAGACUUCGUUUUUUUUUUAUUAAUGCUUCAAAUACCACCUCUGCCCAUCAUUUUUGAUGGGGUUCACACCGGUGGCAAAUUGUGGGCUCCUUAGGGACAUUGAUGCUGAGGCUGGUCCACAUGCAACAAACUGGAACGUUCAUGGUUGUUUGGAUGGAUACCAUCCAUUGUGGGAGGUGCCCCCCUUUUGGGAAGGGUGCCCUCUAACGGGAAGAACCCUUCUCAAGGGCCCAUUCCAACCCCUUGUAUUCGUUCCAAACCCCAUCCAAAGCUUCCCCAAUUAUGAUGGGUUGGAAUGCUAAGGGCAAGGUUACAAUGCACAUUGUGCUGCUGCUAAGUUAUUUCUAAGGCAGAGACUAAGAAAGUCCCAGCAGGAACUGGAUACCUGUGGAUGAUAGCAAAAGAUAAACGGCAGCUGUGCCAGGUGUAGGACCUACUGCUUGCAGGAAACACACUAAUGUCACGUAACCCAGUGAAUGGGUCACCAGCACAGUCAUUGAAAGCGGUCCUGAGACCUGUGGAAGCUGUACACUGACCCCUCGCCUUCAGAUUUUACAGUCAGGAUUUAUGGCAAUGCCACAUGUUGCUUUAUAACUAUGGAGAGAGUGGACUGUUCACUCGACAAAUGGUAUUUCAGGCUGUUGCUCGAGGGGCUGCCUUGUAGGGUCUCUGGAAUAACCAACCAAUCCCUCAUCAGAGCCCACCACCCCCACAGCAGCACCCGAUAUAACAAGCAUGUCACUGUUGAACGUGUGCCAUUGAGGUACAAAAGACAUUGGAGUGACCCUCUAAGUAGAGAGGGUGCCAACAGCUCAGUGCAAGCAUCAUUGCAUGGCACUUCCCUGGAGGUAAGGUCAAAGGCUGGCCAUGGGUAAUUCAGCAACCGAGUCCUUCAAUCAAUGUCUCCAUUGUAUUUAAUGAUUGGAAAAAGAAGUCACCUAGGGUUUGUGGAAGGGACCAUCAUAUGCGUUAAGUUACCUAGCUUUGUCCCUUGGGUCACUGGGGGCAAAGUCACCCCUGCACACUGCAGCUGCUAGUGCCCAGUGAAUGGUACAGGAGCAGCUAGACACUCGGUCAUGGUGCAAGGCAGUUGGUUAUGGGUGAGCGUGGAUGGCUGCCAAGUUUGGUACGGGGAUCACUAGUGUCUGGUUGUUUGCAGUGGCUGGUGUGAUACUGUGGGGGGAUUGUUUAUCAAAGCAGGUUACGGCCAUAGUUGAGGCUUCACCCCUCCAGCGCUGUUGAUCCAGCUGCCAACUGGGGAGGCUGGUACCGCACCGGGCUUUUGCUUCUACAAAGGGUUUUAUCCUUCCUGCCCACUUACAGCACCCGUUGGUUCGCGGACAGUCAUCGUCCCUUGAAGCAAGUGCAAGGGAGAUGUUUAUAGAAACAUUCUAUUUCUCUCGCGUUUGCAAGGCUGCACCUGAGGUCUAACCCCUGCCUUUGGUAAGUGAGAGAAAGUUGUGCUGGGUCGCUUCCUUCCCUUGAGGAGAUUGUUUAUAAUGAGUGACUACCUCGAGGUCAGUGAGAGCCUGGUGUCCUUAAUAAAAGGCCAUUACUGAAUCAGUUCUUCUCCGUACAAGUGGACAGCGUUCAUUACCACAGCCAGCUCUCAAAUCUCGCUACUCUGAUGCAGUUUUAAAUUCUGACUUCUGGGUUGCUAUCUCAGUAACCAUGACUCAGACUUUAGCACUGUUACCUCUUUUUGCAUUUCACUCUAGCACCUUUAGUCACACUCCUGUGUAGUACUAAAGCAGUGCUGCACUCUCAGAGGUGAGAAGUUAAACUACAGUCACAUCUGCACUCUUGGAUCAAUGUGGAACAAGAGUCCCCGGACCAAUACUUAUCAUUCAUCCAGCAUUUUUAUAUGAUGCUUAUCACAUUGCUGUUUGUGGGAUUUCACUGUGCACAAUUUGGCUGCUGAGUUUCAUCUUAAACCUGGUUACUACACUUCAAAUGUAUUUUGGCUGUAAAGUGCAAUGAGGCAUCCCGUGGUCAAAAGUCCUCUGUUUGGAUGAAUGUUGUUACUGUUUCAUAAGUGAUUUUGUUGAGUUUCUGCAUUGAUGCUAGGGAGUUGCAUAUCAUUGGAAAAUAGUGGUCGGAAGGCUGUGGAAAACUCAUGAGGAAGGAAAUUUUCCAAGUCCACUGCCUUUUACACUCUCAGGAAGUUCCAAAACAAAGCCUUUGUAAAGUAGGGAAAAGUGCUAACACCUCAGUGAGCUCCCAGUGAAGAACAUGGGUACAUGCAAUCAUUUAGAAGCUUCCAACAACCAAUGUCAGUGAUAAAGAUUAGUGGGUUGAAAUAUCCUCUUACUUCCACCCCCUCCAACCAGCCUAAGAGGUAUCUCAGGUCCAUUAUCGGAAAAGCAAUACUCUUUCUACCAUCUCCACUCGCCAGUGCACCAUUGUACCCAGUUGAUUCCCAUAACCUACCGAUGUAUCUGAGUCAGGUUCCUGCCACUGGCCAUUUCAGACUAUUGGCCUAUACUCCAAGUGAGAAUAAAGCUGGGCAAGAUACUGUGCAUUAGUGAAAAUUUGAAAUGAAAGCAGGAAAUAUUGGAAAAUCCUCAGCAACUCAGGAGGAAUGUGUGGAGAGGGGGAAAGAGUUAACAUUUCAGACCAAUGAGCUGUGAUCAGAACUGGGAAAUGUAACACAUUUUGAGAAAGUACCAAGCCAGGUGAAAAUGAUGUGGGGGUGCUGGUAGCUGGGAGGUGGUUGUGAGCUGACGCAAGACCUUAGGGAUGGUCUGUGACGGGAAGAAGGCAGGAGGGAGUCAGGGAAAGAGGGACCAUGGCGGUGGGUCCAGAAGAGGAAAAAUGAUUACACUAAAGCUAGUAGCCACACCUGCUGUCUGGUAAAGUGGGACUUGUAUAUGAUCUAGUUGAGCUGGAAUGUCUCACCAGCUCUGUCGCACUCCCCCAAGGAAUUCACCAUUGUGACCUGGUGUGCCUUGCUGGUCUCCUCGGUGAACACAGGAGGCCAUGACCUACCCUCAUCCAUGCUAAUGGGUGCCAAUGUUUAAGGGACACCCACAACAAAACAACUUUACAGCCAACCCUUAACUGCUGCAACUGUGCUCAUUGCCCCAUGACUGGCAUUGAGUCCACUUCAUGUGAAACUAGCAUCAGUAAUAUCUUAUUUUUAGUUUGUAAUGAACAGAACAAGGAACUAAUUACAGUCACGUUAAAGGGGAGGUGAGUGCAGUCAAUGCACGUCUCCUUUUGUAAAAAGGGAGCUGAGUUAUUUUAGUGCCGGUGUAUUCCACUGUAAAUAAAGAGAGAUGAGUAAUGUCCUUGUGUAAAUAGGGAGGUGAGUAAUUUCAAUGCAAAGUAUAUCCCUGCAAAAUAGGUUUUAAAUUUGGGCAUCGCUAUUCUGCCCACUUCAGAGCCUGCACACAGAUGAUUACAUGUACAGAUGUUCAGAACGGCUGCAAAAGCAUGUAAUGCCAAACAGGGGCCAUUACUAACUUUACCUUGAGACACAAGAGUCUGCAGGUACUGGAAUCUGGAGUAAAAAGUACUGCUUGAGGAAUUCAACAGUUUACUGGCCAAUUCGAUGACUUAAUUAGAUUCUUCUGAAUGAGAAUGUGUGUUUAUAAGGAACCAACCACAGCCAUGUUUAUGUGCGUAUGAUACAAGAGGCAGUGAUAGAAGGUGCCCAGUGAGCAGAGAGAAGCCAGGAUAAUCACCCAACCUGCCUCCCAUUUCCCAAAGAUGGUGGAUAAUGUUCCAACCAAGUGCCUUUGAUCAUUGGGGAUGAACUGGGUUUAGGUGGACUUAGUGUUGAAACCUCUGAGAAAAAUCAGAAGCAGUUCACAUGAUUUGGAAUGAAGUGACUGUUACGUGGGUGAAAUCAGCAGCCAAUUGCCACACUGCAGAAGGUCUAUGUAAAAGAGUGACGGCUCAUUAAUUUUGUUUUUGCUAAUGCUGGGUGAAAGGGAAGUGUUGGUGAGGAUCCAGAGAAUCAUAAUUAAUCUACAUAGUGCUUCUCAGAGUUGUUGGACUGUGCAUGUUACCCUUCCUUUGUUUCUGCCCGGGAGUCUCCCAUUUACUCCUGCCUGGUUCUCCCUCAAUCCUGACUGUCAUGCCAACACAAGGCAGAAAUGGACAGGAUUCUUUGGUUGGAGUAGUUUUAGUUUUGUUUCAUUUCGUUGUCUGGCACUUGGCAAGAGCUGUGAGGGAAAUGGGUGCACUCCUAGCUCUGUGCCAGACUACCAGGUGUAUGUUGUGUUGAUUUUUUCCAGGACAGUUUGUCUGUGUACUGUAGCUGAUCGAAAUGUGGGCAGGAGCAGGUGCAAAACGUGCCAAAACAUCAGGCAGCUUCACUUCAGCUGUGUGGUGUUGAUGGCAGGGAAGAAAUGUGAGUAAUGACAAUCUGCCAAGGUCAGGUAUUUGGUCUGAGCUGUUGCUCAGUACACCCUUAGCAUUUAUACUUCUUAGACUGAGCCAGAGACCCCGUUCCUUGAUCUAAGAUGUCUCCUGACGUUCAGCAGCACAGGUGCUCCACAAAAUUGUGACGGAGCUUGAAUCCCAGGAGCUGCCAGUGAUGCAAAGCUUGGGGGAGUUCAGCUUCCAGGAUUUGGGAGGGGCCUGCUUUACCAAGCCUCUUACCAAGGUGGUUGGAAGUUGACCGAUGAGAUUCCCCACUAAUCCAGCCGUCUCCCUUCCCAUGCAAAGGCGACUGCCAGCUGAUUGUGGGGAGUCAGGUCGGACUAUCCAACCUGAGGUGAGAUGUUGUAAUAUCUCUGAUCACAGGACUGGGUGCUGUCCCUCAAGCAAUACUGAGUCUAUCCAACUCAUUAGGCCAAAAGAGCAAGUCAACUUCCCAUUCCAGCAACACUGGCUGGUUUCAGAUCUCCCUGAAGUCCAACAACCAUAACCAAGCAGAGACAGUCUCUGAUGUAUAAUGUGGUCAGCAUAGCCCUACCAACCUAACAAGUUUUUAUUUUAACUGUGGUCAUAACUGACCAAGAGAUGUGCAAGGAUACUUUUCUGAGACUGUCUUAGCUUCAGCAAUAUUACAGUCAGCCACGUUUACAGGCAGUGGUGGGUGGUGGCACAUGUGGUUGGGCUAACAAAAUUUUGAAGUACUGAUGGCCAUUUGAGUAGCCACUAGCUAAUCCCAUCACCUUUUUGCAGCUGUUCCCCUGUCUAGUGCUGGGAGGAGGAUGAGGGUCUGACUAGUGAAAGCCAUGUUGGCAAUUAUUUCACUACAGCUGUAGGUAACUUGUAGCACUCCUCAUCCACUUCAAACUUGCACACAGAGUCAAAGCUGAUGGUAUGGGAUCUGGUGAUAGAACAGAAUUCUCACAGGGCACAUUGUGUCUUUCCUCCCUGGUUAUUGAGAGUAUAAACACUGCACACUUUGUGGUAUAAAUUGAAUACUUGAACAUGACAGGGCAAAUCCAUUUCUGAGUGGUUAUACCCAAUGUACUGUAGCUUUUAUUUAUUCCAGCUGUUGAAGUGAACAGUGAAGGUUUUCUCACUUUAACUUGAGUUGUCUAUAGUUUGAGAAUCAUAGUAUGUGUAAGAGGGUUAUACUGGAAUAUUCUCACACUCCCCUCCUUCCAUGACUGGUAGACAAAAUAAAGUGAUACCAAAACCA